AUGGCUUUGCGGGGCCACUCGCCCCAGGCCACGCUAAUUGCCUUGAAUGGUUACGACCCCCACCGCCUCUACUAUGACAUUCCAGUGUCAGGAGGCUGGCGCGAGUGUCGGGAUCCCAUCGGUGGCCGGAGAUACUGGAACCUUGUGAACAUGAAUCUGACAAGCUGGAGCUUGGUGGACGCUCAGACAACCCUUUACCUCGAAGCCUCCAGAGUGAAAGCGGCAGUGCCCGGCGAUCUCAACCUCGCAUUCUUGCUUCGGGCCCUUAAGGAAGUUCUUCGCCUCAAUGCUUUGGAAGAGUUUCUCUUGCUCGGUGCGGGGCCCAACGGCGAAUGGACCCUGUUCACCGUGAUUCCUGAAAAACUGGAGGAGUACGAGGAUCCGGGCUACAGAUACAACGUCUUCAGCACCGUGGAGAUGACGGGCCAGCCGAUUGAAGUGCUCAAGCCGGGAACCGUGGUAACGACCGUGGGCAUGCCAAAGCCAGGCCGUCACGGCCACGUUGCACCGCAUCGAAUCAUCGAAUCGCAAAAAGCGGAAGCCGUGAUGCCUGCAGGGAUCGUGGAGAUCCUUCUUCCGGAUGCCGACGGCGUGGCAAAGCUGGGCUUCGCAAAGUACCGAUGGCCCCCCCAGGCGCUGCAGCAAGAUGGCGGCGAGCACCGGUACCUUCUUUUGGGCUUUCAUUGCAGUUCGGUGAUUCGGUGGAAGGAUGGCACCCGCUACCUGCAGCGGCUUCCAGCCCGCAUGCGCACAGACGACGUGGCCGGAAUGAAUGCGGUGGUCACGCCCGUUUGGCUCCUUGGCGUCCAGCCGCUAAAGCGACUCGCCCUUCAAUUGCUAGCUUGCGGUGCGCUGCACGUUCUUGCCGGGCAAGGGUCGUUCUCGAGCCAGUGUCUGGAACCGAAGGCCCUGAGGAGGGAGAUGCUCUCCUUGUCACAGAGGCCUCUGGACAUUGGCCGGGACCCUCGCAGCGAGCCGUUGGGGUGGCUGAAGGUGGGCACUUCGAUUGGGCUGAACUUGAUUGAGGGCACCCGUGCGCUCGUGGGGUGGAUCCACGAGGAUGAGGAAGAUUUGGUGGAUGGGUGGAUCUCCUUCGUCCGACUUGACGGCUCCCCAACCCUGCGUCGCGUGCUGGAGGAGACCACCAACCAGAAGAUACAACGCGAACUCCAAGAGCAUCUUAAGGCUUGGCAUUGUCCUGUUGAGAAGAAAAAGGCUUUGUGUGAUGCAGAUCCGUGUGUGUGUGUGUGUGUGCGUGUGUGCAGGUGCAUUGAAGUCUCUGUCUCUCUCGCUCUUUCUCUGCCCUCUCGCUCUCGCUCUCGCUCUCUCUGUCUAGUUGUGGCUUAUGGAAGCUCGCAUCUUCCACGCAGGUGA